ACAUCCUACAAAAGACCGAGAACUGCUAGAGGUCUGAGAAAACGGGAGAAAAGGUACUCGAUGAAACAAAAAAAGGGAUCAAUCGAAUUGUGGGCUUUGAAAGAUUGGUCAAAAUGACGCGCGACUUAUUUGUCGAGCACUUAUAUUUAACCGAUUUGAUCGCAACAAGUCAACUUGCUUUCUGUGGAGAAUCCUAGACUUUCCUAUCGAAAUCGUAUCAGAAAUUAGUUCCAAUAACUAAUUAGUUAUUGUUUUUCAUUAUAAACGCGCCAAAAGGUCAGUUUUUUGCAGACACUUAUCCAACACCGAUUUGCUGGCAACAAUUUGCAUUCGACGAAGAAUCUUGUCCCAUUGUAUUCUACUGAAAAUGAGCAGGAUCGAACUGUGGGCUCAGAUGUUGUAGCCAAACUUUUUGUUCUUCGCAAUACUCAAGCUUAACAUAGACAGACAUGUUGUUAAAGUUAGAUACUAUACGCAAAGCUGAUACAUUAUUUGUAUUUCUUGUUUUGAGUGAUUUCUUUUAAAAAGAUUUUAAGAUCAUUAGUUUAUUUGGCAUAAAAAACUUAAACUUUUGGUUUAAUUGAGCUACGUUAUGGUAAAUAUCCGAUUUUGGAACCCUAGAUGAAAUGUUUACAAAUACUUGCCUUAUUGAAAUUUUAUAUGGGCCCAAGUUGGUGAUCCAUCGUAGAAACAAAUGUACGCACAUUCACACGGACAGCCAGAUAUUUGAUCGGUUCGUCGAUUAAUAUACCACUAUAUGGGUCUUAUAGACCCCAAUAAAAAGUUCUCUUUUUAAGUGAAAUAAUAGCGUUUCGGUAGGAGACUGCAAUUUUUCUGUAAAGCGCUGUUCACAAUUUUUUAGAACAAUAAAUCCAUACAAAAUAUGUUUCGAGGGAAUAUGAAGCGUUCUAAAUCAGCACAAUUUUACGGUACGUAAAAUACGGUAUGAGAUGUGAUAUCAUUAAAUUUCUAAACUAGUUUUCAAAAAUAAUGCUAAACUUUACAUUUAUGUACCAGCACCAUAACUAAUCAUGUUGUAUAAUAAACUAUUUAAUUACUGCCCUGCAUAUAAUACGUCUCAUCUUUGCUAAAUCCAUAUGGAACAAAUACGCGAUAGUCGGGCUGUCAGUAUUGCGAGCAACUGUUCCUUGUGUAAACAAAGCGAUCAGCCGCAGUUAGGCAUAUCAAUUAUUCAGAUUACACAUCAGGGCGCUGGUGCAUAGCGUAAAGUAAUAGGUGAUACAUAUUUGUUUCGUAAAGUAUGUUGUUAUACCAUGUAAAGGAAGUACUUCUGAAAUUUUAUCAAGAUGAUGUCGCCAGAAUUGUUGGACUGGGUAUUCUAACAAUCUCCUUUGCUGUCGGGUGCUACGUCAGUUCAAUACUGGGACUGGUCAUUGUACUUUUUUUCAUCAAUGGCUGUGCCGCUGCGGUAUUUACAUUGAAUCACAAGGACUGUGUGGGCUAUUAUAUCCAGAAGGUUAAGGAUUUCUUCGGCUAUAAGGAUUAUGAUCCACAGAGUGUUUUGGAGUGUGACGUUUGCGGAAACGAAAAAUGUUCGCGGCACAAUCGGAAUAUAUUGGUCCACGAACCCUGGAAAGGGUUUCUCAUCGAUUCAGCGCUAGACGAUGCUGUGGAUAAGUUUUUCUCGCACAUUCUUGAGGGAUUUAUUUGCAAUUGGUACUCGCAAGUAUCACCAGAUGAGGAGUUCAUCUUGAACAUCAAAAGCAACUUGCGAGAUGCCCUUUGCCGACUGUUAAUCAGAGCCAAAGAAUUGGAUGCCCCCACGGUUAUCACAACUCGACUACUACCGACAUUUUUUAUUCAUUAUGAAAUAAUUGCCAAGAUGUUGCUGAUCGAUAAUGUGCCGAUGAAUCGCCUGUCGAAAACUUUUGUAAUCGAUGAAUAUCCCAUCCAUCCGGCAGUACUUAACCGUCAAGCCGAACUGAGCUAUUUAAGAGGAGUAGCAAAAGUGAUGAUCCCCAGAUUGUUCACUCAGGAGAACAUUAAUUGCAAGAUAUUCUCCAACUUAGUCAAGGAGCUGCUGACUUUUUGGGUUCUACUACCUCUGCUGGACGUGAUCUCCGAUCCUAACUUGAUUAACUUGCUGAUCAUUGCUGCCACUGAUAAGAAACAGAAGGAAAUCAAUCGCCAAAGUGGUCGUGCGAAGCCUCAAAACAUAGUGAAAGUUGAAAUUUUGAAAGAUUUCGUCGAGAGGAGUCGGAAAAAGGUUGAAUGUGAUGUGGACACGGUUGUGGGAGAGGAGAACAUUCUGAAAGACCAAAACAAAUUGUACUAUUUUAUGCAGUUUCUCAUCAAGGAAGGGGCGGUGGAAUUAUUACGAUUCUAUUUAGAUGUUGAUAGUCUGAACAACGAGUUAGAAGAUCCACACAUAACAACGGAUCCCACAAAGUUGUCAUCACUACACCAGCAGUCUGAAAAACUGCUCCAAAUGUACCAGAACAUGAUGAAGAACGAGCAGGAACCGGCCAUUGCAAAUACCCUUAACGAGGCUCAUGAAAAAGUCAAAGAAAAGCUAGAGGAAAAGUGGCGUAAACAGUUUAGUAAGACGUCUGAGUAUUUCGAGCUGAUCUACGGUACGCGAGAUAUCAAAGAAAGUCAGGAUAAGAAAUUAUCGGAAGGCGUAGGUAACUCCGGGACAAAGCUUAGUUCCAAAUUCAAGGAGGUAAUCAGAGGUGCCGUUGAUGGAGCUCCGAUAGAAGCCACAGAGGCACCCACCGUUUGGGAUGCGUUGACGGAUACCCAGCCACAAAAUAGUACUCUUUACAGUUCCGUAACACAGAAGCUCCGCAAAGAGAAAGGUCAAAGUUUGGAUGCUUUCAUGACCACAUUUAUGCACUCCAUUGAACAGAGCCCUGACAUUGGCGAGGAUGUUAUUGAAGUGAAGAGUACGGUGAAGAAGAAAUUCAAACAACCCGGCCAAAGUGUAGUAUUUGGAGACUUAUUUGAACUAAAGAAAGCAUCGAAGAACACACAUACAACUACGCUCCUAUCCCAUAGUGUUCGAGGCCCUUCACAAUGUUUAGUAUAUAUACUGGUGAAAAUUAUCAACGCACCUGUUCUAUUAGUACGCUUAGCCUUAGCUUUCUGCUGCGUUUCGCGUAAAACUGUAGACACGCUGAUCCACACUGCAAUCGCCCGACUGUUACGUUCCGGACUGAAGGAAUCCCGUUUGGCUGGUCUCAUAAAUCUGUUGAGGGAAGUCAUCUUUUUCAAAAAACUACCUGAACCGACACCGGCCGAGCUGCUUCGAAGGCAACAGGAAGCGCGAAAACGUCUAGAAGAUAUUCGCCCUGGUUUAGGCAAUAUAGCCAAUGUGCUGCAGUCGCCUGUAUUGAACAAACAUUUGAUGUACUGCUUGUUUGAUAUUAUCUUGGGUGAAAUGUAUCCGGAAUUUGAAAGCCCAGCUGUAGUUAAUGUGAGCAUAUAAUGAUAAAAUAUCGACUGCACAAAACACCAUA